AUGAAAGCUAUCCUCGUAUUAGGAUUAUUGGUUUUUGGAAUUUCUGCAGUUGAAUUAGAAGCGGGAGUGCCAAUUUUACUAAAGGAGAUCAAGGCAAUCAAGACUGAUCAUACUGAUUUCACCUUUUUAUUAGAUUUGGAACUCAGUUAAGGAGGAAAGGUCUCAGAAGUAGUUGCUUUGGUUGGUGAUUUGUUAGAAUAGAUGAAGAGAGAUCAAUUAAAUGAUGAUCUUGAAUAUGCUCAUGUAUAUGAAAGUGUAUAUUUGAUUAGAGAACCACAACACUCGGAUUGGACAUUGAAUGGCUUAUUAUAGUUUUAAGAAAUCUGACUAAGGAGAGACAAGAUAAAAAUAAUUAAUUGAGUGAAGUGAAUCAAGUUCUUGUGGGUUUGUAAUUGUAAUUGGAUGCCCUCACCGAACAAUUGAAUAUAUUGAAUGGAAAGGAAGAGCAACUCAGACAAACCAGAGCCCAAGAAGCUGCCUCUUAUUAAGCCAGAUAAGAGAACAAUAGCAAAGUGUUAGCAGCCUUAAAUGAGAUAAUUCCCAAGUUAUAAGUUGCCGUGUUUGAUUAAGAAGGAAAGUCCUUAUUGUAGACAGAACAAUUUGAAAUCGUUGAGAAAAUCAAGAGAGAAUUAGGACACAAUCAUCCAAUUGCAAUCAUGGUUGCUUUGACAACUAAAUUCGAUGUUUCCACAGUCAAAAGAAUCAUUGACAAGUUGGAACAUAUUAGAAAUGCAGUAAUCGCCUUGAUGCAAUAGGAAGACGAACAAGAAACUCAAAGUCAAGUAUGAUAUUGAUUAAAGUAAUUUAAGAUCACUUUCUAGACAUAAAUUCAAGAGAUUGCUGAAUUGAGAGAGAAGUUCUCUAAAGAUUUCGAAGUCACUUCCCAAUUGAUCAAGAAGAGAACCAAUGAUAAAGUAAGAAUGAGUUUAUAUGGUGAAUAGGUUCUUUUGGAGAAGAGAUUGACCAUAAUCAAUAGGGAUUUGAGUUUGACUGAAUAAUUACUUAUCUAGACUAGGGAAUACAAAGAAUAGUAUGAUGCUGCUUAUGCUGUAAGGAAAGGAAAAAGGUAUGGACAUUAUUUAAUGUUUCUAGAAUCUCUGAAAUCAAAACAGUUCAAUAAGCUUACGACUUGGUAGAGAAUCAUGCUAAGAAACACCAAUGAUGAUUUAAAAUAAAAUAUAUUUUAGAAUUAUGUUGAU